AUGGAUGACACCAUGCAUCCCACCAUGCAUCCCACCAUGCAUCCCACCAUGCAUCCCACCAUGCAUCCCACCAUGCAUCCCACCAUGCAUCCCACCAUGCAUCCCACCACGCAUCACACCAUGCAUCCCUCCAUGCAUCCCACCAUGCAUCCCACCAUGCAUCACACCAUGCAUCCCUCCAUCCAUCCCACCAUGCAUCCCACCAUCCGUCCCACCAUCCAUCCCACCAUCCAUCCCACCAUCCAUCCCACCAUCCAUCCCACCAUCCAUCCCACCAUCCAUCCCACCAUCCAUCCCACCAUCCAUCCCACCAUCCGUCCCACCAUCCGUCCCACCAUCCAUCCCACCAUCCAUCCCACCAUCCGUCCCACCAUCCAUCCGACCAUCCAUCCCACCAUCCAUCCCACCAUCCAUCCCACCAUCCAUCCCACCAUCCAUCCCACCAUCCAUCCCACCAUCCAUCCCACCAUCCGUCCCACCAUCCGUCCCACCAUCCGUCCCACCAUCCAUCCCACCAUCCAUCCCACCAUCCAUCCCACCAUCCAUCCCACCAUGCAUCCCACCAUCCAUCCCACCAUGCAUCCCACAAUGCAUCCCACCAUCCAUCCCACCGUGCAUCCCAUCAUGCAUCCCACCAUGCAUCCCACCGUGCAUCCCACCGUGCAUCCCAUCAUGCAUCCCACCAUGCAUCCCACCAUGCAUCCCACCAUGCAUCUGACCAUCCAUCCCAUCCUUCAUCCCACCAUCCAUCCCACCAUGCAUCCACCAUGCAUGACCUAUUCCUUUGCUUCAUCCAUUCAAAUUUCCAAGUCCACUGUGACCAAUUUCAAGGGCAAUCAGCACAAGAGCUUCACCAACUUGGAUGAAGCCCUAUCCUACCUCGCCCUGGCUAACGUCUUCGUCUCUUCUCCCCCCAAGCACGCUGCUGCUUCUGCUCUGAAAAGAACCGCUAUUCCUUCUGCUGCUGUUCGUGUCACCACCCCUGCUGCUGUUUCUGCCGCUGCUGCUGUUGCUGCUGCUGCCGAUGCUGCUGCAAAUGCACAUCGUACUGCUGCUGGUAGACGCAAGGGCGAGCGAGGGGGGGUUGGGAGCAGUGGUAGAGGAAGGGGCGGUGAGGAUGAGGAGAGGGGAGGACAUGAGGCCACACGUAGCAACACUUGCCUGCAAGUAGACCCUGAGGCGCUCUACCGCAUGGAGUUUGACGGGGCAUCCAAGGGCAACCCGGGGCGGGCAGGCGCAGGGUCGGUGCUGUGGGAUGAAGGGGGCAACGAGCUGGUGUGCAUGAGGGAGGGAGUGGGGCACGGCACGUGCAACAUGGCAGAGUAUCGCGCGUUCAUAGGGGGGGUGGAGCUGGCUCUGGCUCUCGGCAUCACACGGCUGCAUGUGCAAGGAGACUCCAUGCUCGUGGUCAUGCAGGUGCAGAAGAAGUGGAAGGUGAAUGCGGAGAUGCUGAGGGGGGAGUGCAAGCAAGCACAGGAACUGGUGACUCGGUUCAAAGAAAUCUCCAUCCGCCACGUGCCCAGGGAGUGCAACCAGCUGGCGGAUCUCCUCUCCAACGAAGCAGUGCCUUUGAAAG